GGCCGGCGCGGGGCCGGCGGCAAGGGUGCAGAGGCGAGCCUCGCCUUGCAGCACGACACCAUCAAGUUCACCGCGCCGCAGCUCGCUCGCGCUGACGCCGUGCUGGGGGACAUCAUCCGGGAUGACCUGCCCAUGCAAGGUAAGCCUCUGUGUGGCGGCGGCGACCGUGUCCGAUCCAGCCUUGAUGUGCCUGGGGUGGCCUUGUGCAGGGGACAUAGCGCCCGGCGUGGAGGCCGUCUGCGAGCGGCUGGUGCAGCGCUUGCUGUGCGCCGUGGGGGCCGCCGACUCGCGCUUCGCCUCCAAGUACCUCGUUUGUUUGGACCGGCGGACUUCAGGCGAGAGCGACGGUCUGACGCUGGAGUACCUGGUCCGCCUGGACGCGCUCUCAACCCCCGCGCUGUACCCAGGGGACGCGCCGCCGCCGUGUCGCGUGGUGGAGGGCGCCGCCCAGGAGGCCGUGCCGCAGGGCUAUGCUCGCCUGCGCGCCAACGGCCACGACCACGACCCGUGGGCCGAAUUCCUGAGCCCCGGCGGCUUCCUGCGGAGAGACAAAGUGCAGGAGCGCUUCGUCGAGCUGCUGGCCGCCGCCGCCGCCCCCGUGUCGUCGCCGUCCGUGGACGAGUCACGGCUGUGCGGCGCGCCGGGCAAGGUGGUGGACGCCGCGGUGUUGGCGGACCUCCUGGCGCUGCCCGCCGACGGGCAGCUCUUCCUGGCGUCCGGUACUGACCGCUACCCCGACCCCAGGGACGCUCGCAUCGCCAUCGUGGAGGGGUCGCCGUGGGUGCGUCUGCGACUGGGCCUGACCCGCGACGUGCUCGUCAAGCUGGUGCUGGGCGUGGGCGUGGACCGGUGGCCGCGCGGCACCGACCUGCCGGCCAGGGUGCCGCUGACGCACCCCGACUGCCUGCUGUACCAGCACGUGGCCACGACGGGCUGCUUCCUGGUGGCGAGCGGCCCCCCGCUGCUGCUGCGGUGCGACGACCGGCCCUGUACUUGGCAGCUGUGGGCGCCCUGCGCCGAGGCCACGCUGCUGCGCCACUACGCUCUGGAGCUGGACGAGGACCCCGACAUGCUGCACAUGCAGCGCUGGCUGCCCGCGUCCGCCGCGCUGCACGUGGUCGCCGUGCUGGACAGGCUGGUGUGCGUCCUGCGCGGCGCCAGCGAACGCAGCUACCUGUUCCCGUCGCUGCACAUCCUGUCGGCGAGCGCGCGCCAGGGCGUGCCGCUGUCCGAGGAGGCCCUGAUGGGCGACGCCUCUGCCCUGGCCGCUUUCCUGCGCCGUCUGCACGUUGACUGCUCGGCCCCCGCCGUGCCUGGCGUGCCCCAGGGCCUCGGCUCCGGCGCGGGUGUGGACGCCAGGACCCGGCGACAUUCGCACCAGCCCGCGGCCACCAGGUCGCGGCGCCUGGGCUUCCGCGUGUCCAGCAACGGGCCGGCCGCCGAGACGGCGCACUUCAGCCCGCGGCAGCUGCAGUACAUCGGCGCGCUGCUGCGGGGGCUGCUGCUGUGCCGCGCGCUGCGCAUCGAGGGCGCCUCGGCCCACUCCUGGUUCCCCGGCACCAUGCGGCGCCACCCCUUCGCCACGCUGUCGGCGGCGUCCUCCACCGGGACGCUGCGUUCCAGCGGCUCGGCCAGCUCCAACGAGAAGAAGCCGGCGGGAGAGGCUGCCUUCGCAGGCAGCAGGGAAGCAGCCGUGACCGCGGACGCCGAGGACGUGGCGUGCCUCGUGGCCGUGGUGCUGGAGCAGGCCAGGACGUACGCCCUCGCGAGCCGAGCGGACGGUGGGACCGGUGGGACGGGCUUCCAGACGGCGGCGCGCUCACGCCCCGGCUCCCCCGGCAGGACCAGCAGGGCCAGCAGGGCCAGCAAGGGCUCCUCCACGAGCGGGGCCAGCACCAUGACCCCCGCCGUGGCCAAAGUGUACCGCGCCAUGCUGGCCGCGGCUGGCGGGUCGGGGUCUGAGGCGGAGGCCGACCCCGAGGAGGACGAGGAGUGGGAGCCGCUGCACGGCCGCCUGCGCAACGCGUCGCCGCUCAGCGACCUGCUGCUGCAGCGCCACCGCCAGGGCCUUCACCGCGCCAUCGGCGACCUGCUCCCGGCGCUGCUAGCCAUGCAGAAGUUCUCUCUCGUGCAGGAGGCGGCCUGGUCGCUGCCGGAGCCGCAGCGCGGCGAGGUUCUCGACGGCGUGGCCCGGAUGGCGCGUGAGUCCCGACGCCGCUCGGCCGCCCGCUCCCGGAUCACGCCGACGUCCACCCUGCGGCGCGGCGGCAAGGCGCCAGGCGAGGACGACGCUCGCGACGUCCACGCGGAGCAGUACCGCGUGACGGACGAGCACGCCCUGGGCACACCGUCGCCGUACCGCGAGGAGGACAAGGACGACCACGAGUCCCUGACCGAGGCCGACCGCCACCUGGAGCAGGAGCUGCGCCGCAUGAAGCUGGCCGAGUCCCUGCUGGGGACGUGCCGCGCCGCCCGCGCGCCCGCCCACCUCGACGUGGAGCUGGCCACCAUGUUCGACGACCCGGCCGGUACGAAGGCGACUGCGGGGGGUGACCUCGAGUCCCCGGUGCACCCGACGACGCUGUCCUCGUCCUUCCCGCCGCGCGGCGGCCUCGGCGGCCACGACGGCCACUACGGCUUCCUGGAGCAGACGCACGACCGGCAGCUGCGUCUGGGGCCGCCGCCCGGGCACCCCUGCUACCCGCCACCGGCCGUCAAGGCCAGGACGGCCGCCAAGAAGAGCAACAGCCACAAGAAGCGCGAGGCGCUCACCAAGCUGUAGGCCGUCAUCCCCGUGGGGCACCGUUUGGAACACUGUUCCUGGGACAAAUAGAAACCAAAGAUGACACCAAAUCACUCAUUUUCCAGGGCCAUCACCCGUAUUGCUAGCUCGAGUCAUUUUGCUUUGGCAUGCACGUGCUGUCCUACCGUUCUGCUGGCAAAGCCAUGCCAUUUUUAAUAAAUAUACGUUCCCCACGCA